AUGGUCCCAGGAACGGUGCCGCUUGGAGGUACUGUUGACACUGGAACUGGGCCGCUGAUGGGUUCGGUUCCUGAGUAUAAGAUAGUGGUCGUCACAUACGGUGAAGACAAGUCGGCGCUGCUGCUGGAUACAGGUGUAGCAAUCACAACGGUCCCGGGAAUGGAUCCGCUUGGGGGCACCGUGGUCAGGGUAGUUGUACCGGUGAUGGGGUCGCUACCUGAGUAUGGGAUGGUCGUCGUAACGUACGAUGCCGAGAAACUUAAGCUGGAUGCCGGAGUUGCAAAGAUCACUGUUCCUGGCGUCGUUCCAAUAGGGUCAAUGGUUGAUAUGGGUAUCGCGCCAGAUAUUGCGUCACUUCCAGAGUAA